UUCAUUCCACCGUUCUUCGAGAACGGUCACUACUAUUCAUAAUUUUACUUCGGGAAGCAAAGACGGAUACUAACGAAAGCCUGCUGAAUUGCUAAAUUGAUCACAGGAUAUAAAUUAAAAAAAAUGAGUGGCAUGGAUAAUAAAAGAAAAUUAUCAACAUCGGGCGAUUCCCUAUAUGAAAUAUUAGGACUUCCUAAAACAGCAACAGCUGAAGAUAUUAAAAAGACUUAUAGAAAACUUGCUUUAAAAUACCAUCCAGAUAAAAACCCCGACAAUGUUGAUGCUGCCGAAAAGUUUAAGGAAGUCAAUCGUGCACAUUCGAUUUUAAGUGAUCAAACAAAACGAAAUAUCUAUGAUAAUUAUGGUUCAUUAGGUCUAUACAUUGCCGAACAAUUUGGCGAGGAGAAUGUCAAUGCAUACUUUGUUGUAACAUCACCAGCAGUUAAGGCUUUGGUUAUUUGUUGUACACUUAUCACAGGUUGCUGUUGCUGCUGCUGUUGUUGUUGUUGCUGCAACUUCUGUUGUGGCAAAUUUAAGCCACCCGCAAAUGAAUCACAUGACCAAUAUGCACAUCUGAAUCGUGACGGUGAGGUUAGAGACGCUAGUGAACGUCAACCAAAUAUGGGCAAUCCCGAAAGACUGGAGGAAGUUGAUUUGGAUGAUCCAUCGGGGGCACCAAACACCUCUGCAAUGGGAGGUGCAGGAGGCCAACAGCCCGUAUUUGCCAUGCCCCCACCACCAGCAACCGGUGUGAAUCCCUUCACCGGUGCCCCUGUGGCAGCCAACGAGCAAACGUCUUUGAAUACCACAGAACAGACAACAUAUACACCAGAUAUGGUAAACCAAAAAUAUUAAAAUUUCAGCAACACUACCACCACCUACCACACCAAUCAACCAACACCACCUCCAUCACAUUUCAACAUAAUGCAAAAGAAAAAAAAAUAGUACCCCAAAAUCACGAAACCAAUCAAAAUUUAACCUCAAAUACAUAAAUCGACAUGUGCAUUAAAAAAAAACAUAUGCUAUCCAAAACCUUAUACCAUUUCCUCGUCCUUUACCUCUUAAUCCCCAUCAUGUUAAGAGAAAAUGUAUUUGUAAAGUAUUUAAAAUUAAAAAAAUGAAAAGAGUAUACAAAAUAUACAAAAAUUCCAAGUACCAAAUAGAAACUGAAAAACAAGAAUAUAACAGACCUCUUCAACCGAAAAUCAGAGUGUGAAUGUAACGUUAAAGAAAGAAAGGGCUUUUUACCAAUAAAAAAAAUAGACAACCCUCACAUAUAAGCCAUAAAUAUACUAAGAAUGCAAAGCCUGAAGGUAUGCUACAGAAAAUUUCAAAUCAAUAUAUAGAUACUAUUGAUUAUCUACCAUUAACCCCUUACUUACGUUAUAAGUCAGAGAAAAAAAGCAAACAACGUGUUAGUAUAUAAAUCAGGAAAGCACUAAUUCGAAGUUUGAAAACAAGUUUUUGCAAAAAUUUAAACAAUAACCCAAAUUGUUUUGUAACUACAAUACAUAAUUUAAAAUUCAGUAUUUAGAUAACAAGAAAAAUACAAAACACUAAUUUAAUAUUGUAAAAUAUUUAUAUAUAUAUAUAUAUAUGAAAAUAUUUUUUUGUUUAUUCAAAAUGGUUAUAAACAAAAAAGAAAACAACUAUACGAGACAAACAAUCACUUGAUUUACGAUAAUGUUAUUGUGUGUAGCCAAUAACUUAACUGUAUAUGUAUUUGUUUAAAUAAAUGAAAAACAAAAGUAAACAACCGCAAAUUCCCCUUUAUCACUACUUACAUCAAAUUGUUCAUUUAACUAAACAAGAAACAAAACAAAAAUUGUUAUUUAGUUGCAUUUUUCUGUGUGUGUUUCAAUUAUCCCCUCCUUGACUAUCGAUUUAAAAACAAAUAUAAAAUUUCAAUUAAGAAAACAAUUAUAACAAACAAUUUUAAAUUUAAUCCUUAAAUAAAAAAUAAAAAACGCAAAGAGGAAACAAUAAUAACUAUUUAUAUAUACUUAACUUUAUAUAUAAUCUUCAAGUUUUUAGCUUAGUUCAUAAUUUAUUGUGUAUUUAAAUACAAUAUAUAUAUGUAUGCAUACAUAUAUAACGUCUAGUUUUGAGGUUUUCUAUCCUAUUAAAGAAAAACAAGAAGUUAAUCUUGUAAUUGUAAUUUUUUGUUUUUAUUUUCUUUAUUUUGUUACAAAUAAAUACCUAUCUAUCUAUGGCUGAGAAAAUUUUACAAAAAGCUUAAGAACAAAUAAAAGAGAAAACCCCUAUAAAAUUUUAAAACAAAAUCGUGAACAAAAAUAAAUUUUUGUUAACAUUUUUUCUAGUCUCUAAAGAUUUUCGCUUGAAAAUUUCUUCAAUUGCCUUUGUGACUUGUUUAAGGUAAGAUUUGGUAGCUUUGACCAAGAAAUGUUUUGUAGUCAAUGUAGACGAUGUAUUAAUACCACUUAGGGCCAAUCAAAUCGAAAUCAGCUCUUUAGAAAGGCUAAUGCGUCUUGCAUAUGUCAUGUGACUGGGCUAGACUAAGGAACUUACCGUUUAACGAAGCCGAAGACCUCGUUUUUUAACAACACGAACUCAAUAUGCGAAAAGGUUUAAGUACUUGGGAGUGAUCUCGAAUAGGAAACUGAACUGGAGGUCAGUGUUGCCAGUAUUGGGAAUUUCUCCCAAUUUUUAACUUGGGGACUUUAUUUUGUGGGCAGUCGAAUCGAAAUUUGGGGUUUUUUGUGGAGUAAUGUUCGGUUUUGGAGGCAACCGUAGCGCAGAUGUUAGCAUGUCCGCAUAUGACGCUGAACGCCUGGGUUCGAUUCCUGGAAGAAUUAGCAGAAAAAUAUUCAGCAGUGGUUAUCCCCUCCUAAUGCUGGCGACAUUUGUGAGGUAUUUUGCCACGUAACAAUUUCUCCCCAAAGAGGUGUCGCUCUGCGGCAAGCCGUUCGGUCUCCACUAUAAAAAGGAGGUCCCUUAUUAUUGAGCUUAAAAUUGAACCGGACAGCACUCACUGAUUUGUGAGAAGUUUGCUCCUUAAUGUUCAUGAGCAAAUUUGCAUUUGCAAUGUAUGGUAAAAAAUUUCGUGUUUUAUCUUUUAAUUUUUAUUUAGUCUUGUUGGUAAUUUUUGUUUAACCUGGGUCCAGAUUCCCGCAUCCGUUAUCGAGCGAGUUUUUGUUCGAAGAUAAAUUCCGUUCCGUAAGUACUUAUUCAAUAAGUACUUACUAUCGUAAUUUGUCAAAAAGUUAUCGAUUUCGGGGAAGAAAAAUCGAACCGCCGAGCAUAUUAUAAAAUCAAAAAUGUGAAUAUGUAUAUUAAAUUACUGUUUUAUUUUAUAAAGUCCUAUUCGAUGUCCAAUUUUAUGCGUAAUUUCUUGAGAAUAGACGAAAAUUAAAUAUUUACGACAAAAAAAUUGCUGCGGACAAAAAUUCGCACAUUUUUAUUCGAAAUUUCGAAUAGAAUUAAUCGAUAAGAGAUGCGAUAAUCCAAAAAAUGAGAAACUCGAAUCGUAAUAAGUUGAUUGCGGAUGCAAGAAUUAGGCCCGUUGACCAUAACAAAACUCGCAACCAUUUACAUACAUUAAGUAACAGAGUAUCAACGAUUAAUAAUCUCCCUACUUUUUUGUACAAAAAAAUGGCAAACUAAGUAUUAUCGACGGUUAUCGUAUUACAUCUCCAUUACAACACACAGCCAGUGUUGCCACUCAAGAAAAUUAUAUCCUACCAAAAUUUAAGAAAAUUCCUACCAAACUCGACCAAAAACCUACCAAAUGUUAUACAGGCCAAAAAUGCGGUAUUUAUAGACGAGGUCAUUGUAUUCAUAGACGAUGUAGACUUAUGCAGCUUCCACCUAGCCCUGUUUUCCGAUUAAAGGCGUUGAACACACAAAAGCUGCAUUUCUCACCCAGAAUUUUGGAAGAGAUCCCUUAAUACUCGCACAGUUAUAGUCAACGUUUUGUUUCUGAAAUUGGAAGCUGUGAUACCAGUAUUUGUCCCCUCGACAUUCAUGGUUUUAUGCUGGACUCUUAACGAAUACGCAGAAAGGACAAGAAUUGAAAUAAUUUUGAGUUAUUACCGGUGAUUUUAUAGAAAUUGAAAUGGUAUUUACAUGAUGGAAGAACCUACAAAAAGUUGAGGUGAGCAUACCACUAAGAGAAUAAAAAUCUACCAAUUUUGGUAGAAACCUACCAACACUGAACACCGAACAUGACACUGUUUAAUCUCUUUAGUGCACCUACCAAUACAGAUGUGUGAGAACGAUUAUUAUAAUACAAAAUCCGUGUCCUAACGUGGUAAUCGGGUUUUACUUUCCCUUUCAACCCUUGAAACUACUUGUUAUUAUCACCCGAAUAAAGUGUCAAAACUUCAUAAAUUUUAAAAAUAAAGAAGCUUUUAUAAUAAGGUUUUAAUUUUGACUUUUUAUAGAGGAUAGGUAGAGGUCAAACAGUGCCGAAGAUAUCACCCCGCCUUGGGGAACUCCCUAUUUCACUCUAUGGUGCUUCGACUUCUUUUCCCUAAAUUUCACAAAUGACUGGCGACCACACAGAUAAUUCGCGACCCAGCGUUUCAGGCCUGACUGGAGGGACGUUAUGGCGAUGUCCUCAAAUGUUGUUGUUGUUGUUGUAGCCACAUUUUUAUGUGGAGGUGGCGCUACUCGUCAAGCUCCUGUUGGUGAGCAAGCUUGUUCCGGUCCAACGGACCGAUCGCCGUGGGAACAACGUGGCCAUUGGUUAUCUACAGGCGCCAUUAACUCGCCUUAUCAUAUCGAUCAUCAUAGGCACUCAGUGUAUGUGCAAGAGGCGGUGCCACCCGACCACUCACUGAGACUCUCCGCUCGAUACUAGAGCCGGCAAACUAUUGAUAAUCGCAACAUUCGAUAUUUUCGAUAUUUUUAAUAAUAAACAUCGAUAGUAUCGAUACUAUCGUUAAUUUCCCAUAAACUAUAUUUCAAACGGAAAUGAGAAGUAACAAGUAAAAGCGUGCUAAGUUCGAGCGGGCCGAAUUCUGCUAAUGGAUUCUGCUAAAAAUUUAUACAAAAUAAAUUUAGUUGAAGGGCAUAAUUUUAUUUUUUCUACAUACUAAACUUCUGUCAAACCUGCAAAAAUUAAAGCUUCUAGGAACCAAACAAAGAUGAUCGAGAGAUCGGUUUACAUGGGAGCAACAUCAGGUUAUAGACAGAUUUGGUCCGUAUUUGGCACAGUUAGUGGAAGUCGUAACAGAACACCGCCCGCAAAAUUUCAGUCAAAUCGGGAGAUCGGUUUAUAUGGGAGCUAUAUUAGGUUAUAUACGGAUGUAAACCGUACUUGGCUUGUAGGAAGUCAUAACAGAACACUAUGUGCAAAAUUUUAGCCAAAUCUGAAAAAAAUUUCGGCUUCUAGAGCCUAAACUAGUCAAAUCCGGAGAUCGGUUUAUAUGGAAGCUAUAUCAGGUUAUAACACGAUUUGGAUCGUUGUUGGAAGUCAUAACAGAGCACUACGUGUAAAAUUUUAGCCAAGUCGGACAAAAAUUUCGGCUUCCAGAACCUAAAGAAGUCAAAUCAGGAGAUCGGUUUACAUUGGAACUAUAUCUAAAUCUGAACUGAUAUGACCCAUUUGCCAUCCCCAACGACCUACAUCAAUAUUAGGUAUCUGUGCAUAAUUUCAAGCGGCUAGCUUUACGCGUUCGACCGCUGUCGUGAUUGCGACAGACGGAUGGACGGACGAACAUGGCUUUAUCGACUCCGAAUAUGGAGACUCAAGAAUAUUUACACUUUAUGGGGUCGCAGAUAAAAAUAUUUUGUGGAGGUACAAAUGGAAUGACUAGAUUAGUAUACCCUCCAUCCUAUGAUGGUGGGUAUACAAAUUUAGCAUAAUAUUGACUUGAUUAUGUAUUGAACUUAUCCCCAUCUGCAAAAUAAAAUUUACUUUAAAUUUCUACAGCUUUAAGAGUCUAUCGGAUGAAAAAUAUAUAUGGGAGCUAUAUCUGAAUAUGAUCCGAUUUUUAUGUAAUUUCGCACUCAUAAUGGUACGUCAAAUAGAAUACCUCAUGUGAAGUUUUGUAAAGAUCGGUCCAAAAUUGUAGAUACUAAAAGGCACAUCGGAUGAAAGAUGUCAAUGUGUGCUAUAUCUAAAUCUGAAUCGAUUUGGAUGAAAUUUCGCACACAUAUAGAUACAUAAAAAAAGCACUUCAUACCAAGUUUUGUAAAAAUCGGACCACAACUGUGGCUUCUACAGCAUUAAUAGGCCAUAUCGGAUGAAAGAAAUAUAUGGGAGCCAUAUCUAAAUCUGGGCCCAUUUUUUUUUUCAAAAUCAAUAGCGUUCGUCCUUGGACCAAAAAGUGACUUGUGCAAAAUUUAAGUCGGACAACAAAUGCGACCUGUUCCUUGAUCACAAGAAUACAUGGACAUAUAUAUAUAUAUAUCUAUAUAUAUAUAUAUAUAUAUAGGUUAUUAAACAAUCCUCCUCAAAUUUUGAGGAAGAAUGUUCAAACUGUAAUUAUUACGGUUCACAAAAAACAACAUUAUUGCAAAUUACCCAAAAUCUGACGAACAUAUAUAUGGGAGCUAUAUCUAAUUCUGAACCGAUUUCGAGCAAACUUCUCAGAUAAUGUAGUAGUCAUUGGGGAAAGCGUUGUGCAAUUUUGGGAAGAUUCAUAAAAAAAUGCGCUUAUAGUGGCUCAAGGAGUGGAAAUCGGGCGAUAAACAUAUAUGAAAGCCACAUUUAAAUCUGAGUUGAUUUGUACAAAAUUCACCAAUAAUGUCGAGAGUCAUAAGAAAAUCCUUCCUGCCAAAUUUUUCAAUUCUCUCAAUUGGUUAACAAAUUACCAUUUUAUUGCUAUAUUACUACAAAUCGGACGAACAUAUAUAUGGGAGCUAUAUCCAAAUCUGAAACGAUUCUUCCAAUUUCAAAAGGCUUCGUCUUUAGACCGAAAAACAUGCCUGUACCAAAUUUAAAGACGAUCGGAUGAAAAUUGCAACCUGUACUUUAUACACAAAUUACCAUGGACAGACGGACAUAGCUAAAUCGAAUCAGAAAGUGAUUCUGAGUCGAUCGGUAAACUUAUCAAUGAGUCUAUCUCACUUCCUUCUGGUUGUUACAAACAAAUGCACUAAGUUAUAAUACCGUGCACCACAGUAGUGGUGUAGGGUAUACAAAAUUAAGCAUUCCUACUUUAAAACCUUGAAGGAACAAAAUUCAGCUAUUUGUAGCGCAAGAUAUACAUAUAUAUUGCCCAAGAUAUAAUUAUAUCUAAGGCCAGAUGUAAUUAUAUCCAAGGCCAGAUGAAAUUAUAUAUAGCAUAUCUCUUUGGAUAUAAUAUAUAAUGCUAUAUAUCAUCAGAUAUAAUUAUAUAUAAUUGGAUGUGGCAGAUCCAUUUGGAUCUAAUUAGAUCCAAUUAUAUCUUAUCCCAGAUACAUUGGCCCUAACCAUGUCAAAUUAUUUUAUUCGGGCUUUUAUUUCUUUACCUAUCGUAUUGGGUUUUUCCAAAGUCAUUUCCCUAACAUUCAUUACAAGUUUUUGUCUUUGAUGAUAAGACGCAAAAUUAGAGAUCAUGAUGGGACAAUAUCAUGGAGUAUAAAAAAUUAUAAAUAUCUGGACAAUAGAUUUUCAUCCAAGGAAAGGGAUCUUUAAUAGUUAUAAAAAAUGGGCAACUUUGUUAAAUGUAAAGGUACAGAAAGUGUAUUUUUGAUAGAAUUGGAAACAGUGGUUUAUACUGAUCCUGUCUAAAACUGUGCCAAUUUGCUUUAUAUAUCUUAACAUUUUAAAAUAGUUCCUAUAUGAAUCAACCUCUGAUUUGGCAUCCACAUUGGUUUCUGGAAACCUCCAGGCUGUGGAUAUUAAAAAAUCUUUGUAAUAAUUUUUCCAGGUAAAGGUAUGAGAUGGCAUACUCUACCAUCUGUUCUUGAAAAAGACGAGCUAUUUCAGAUGUAUGUGAGAUUACGGACAUUACGUUCAAGAGGCUACCAACUUUAAUUUUAAGUGCAUUUUCAAAACAUGACUGAUUUAACUUUAGCAGAAUUGAUCCCUAACUUUGAUUUAUUCUUUUUUUAUUUUAUUAUCAAUAUUGUUUAUUACAGAAAAAUAAGUUGCAACUGCUGUCUUUCCACUAUGUCGACUAAAAUUUGAAUAGAAAACAUAUAAAGAAGAAUUGUAAUAUAAAACUGUUUGCUGAAAAAGUUCUCAGCUCUUGGAUAAAAUACAAAUAUCUAUUACAAAAAUUUAGCUUCAUAAAGUAAAAUGGUUAAAAAUCAAUUAGCAGCCAUAUUUAAUAUUUUUUAUUAUCCCUAUUAUUUUUAAUAUAAUGUAUAUAAAGCUGAAGUCUAUUAUAUAAAUGGUAAAAAAAAAAAUUAAAAACAUACAAUUAUGGAACAAAACACAUCAUUGUCAUAUUUUAUAACCAUGUUUUAGCUACAUAGUAUUAGUUAUCUUUUUGUUUUACUUUUAAACAAUGUUUUGAAUCCUAAUUAUACAAAAAGUCACCAUAAGAAAUGUCCGUGGUUUGUAAAACUAUGUCUAACAAUAUUAACUUAAAUGAAGGCAACCAUUGUUGUUGUUUCCUUUUUGUUAUUUCAUCAAAACUAAAAAAAAAGAAAAAAAUCAUAAAUUUUUUCUAUUUCUGUUUUUUGAAUUUGAUUCUAUAUGUUUUUCAUUAAAUUAAAAAAAAAAAAAAAACUUAUAAAUGCAUAUAAUCUUAGUAUUAAUCACUUAUUUCUUAUAAGAAAAACCUAAAACGUUAUAUAUCUCAAACAAAAAGCAAAAACACAUACCAAAAUGAUGGCAAACUUAAACAAAUCAAAUGUAUGAUCAUUAUAAAAAUGCAGAGAAAAAAAAAAACAGAAUCGAGGUUAAAUUUAAAUGAAAACAUUUCUUUUCUUAUUACAUUUAAGUCAUACAACUACAAAAGGUAAACCACAUGCAAACAACCAAAACCUUAGAAAAUUCACUCUAUAUGCAUAUAUAAUUUAUAUAAAUAUAUAUUUAUAUAUAUAUAUAACAAUGAAAUAAUUGAUCAAAAUCAACCAUAGCAAACGAUUUAUUGUUUCCCAUCAAAAAUAAUUUAAGAAAACCAAAAAAUGAAUUGAUAGAAAAUGAAACAAAUCAAAUAUGGAUAGGGCAGUUACAGUCGUUCCCAUUGUACUAUUUGAUCCAACUGUAAUGAUUUCAAUAAAAUUAACAAAACCGAAUAAUAAUAAUUAUUAUAAAUAAAGCAACAACAAUUAUAUCUACAAUAAACAAUAAAAUUUAUUAAAAACUAA